GCCCUCUCCUCUCCCUAAAAACCCACAAAAAUCCCUCCGCAUUCCUGCGUUCCAUCCACCAUCUCUGCGGACUGGAAUCAGAGAGAGAGAGAGAGAGAGAGAGAGAGAGAGAGAGAGAGCGAGAGGGAGAGGGAGAGAGAGAGAGAUAGGCGAAGGGGAGGGACUGAGGGAGGGGGAGGCGGCGGCGGCGCAAUGGGGAUCCAGGGGUUGCUGCCGCAGCUGAAGUCGAUCAUGGCGCCCAUCAAGGUGGAGGAGCUUCGGGGCCAGACGGUGGCCGUCGACACCUACUCCUGGCUCCACAAGGGCGCCCUCUCCUGCGGCGACCGCCUCUGCAAGGGCAUCCCCACCACCAGGCAUAUUGAAUACUGCAUGCAUAGGGUUAACAUGUUGCGACAUUAUGGCGUGAAACCAAUUCUUGUAUUUGAUGGGGGCCUUCUGCCAAUAAAAAGUGAUCAGGAAACGAAGCGAGCAAGGUCGAGAAAGGAAAACCUUGAGCGUGCCAGGGAACAUGAAGCUGCUGGGAACUCACGUGCCGCUUUUGAGUGCUAUCAGAAAGCUGUUGACAUUACACCUAGAAUUGCUUCUGAACUGAUCGAGGUACUGAAGAAAGAAAAGGUAGAUUAUAUCGUUGCACCUUAUGAAGCAGAUGCGCAAAUGACAUUCUUAUCUGUUAACAAACUUGUUGAUGCUGUAAUCACUGAGGAUUCAGAUUUGAUACCAUUUGGUUGUUCCAGAAUUAUUUUCAAAAUGGACAAAUUUGGGCAAGGAGUUGAAUUUCAGAUUACACGAUUACAGCGAAAUAGAGAGCUUGACUUCAAUGGAUUCACAAGGCAAAUGCUACUCGAGAUGUGUAUUCUAAGUGGUUGUGACUAUCUCCCCUCAUUGCCAGGAAUGGGUGUGAAACGAGCUCAUGCACUCAUCCAAAAGCUUAAGUGUCAUGAGAAGGUGAUCAAGCACCUGAGGUACAGUGUUGUUUCUGUUCCACCUCAAUAUGAAGAGAACUUCAAGAAGGCAAUCUGGGCAUUUAAGUUCCAAAGGGUCUAUGAUCCUGCUACAGAAGAUAUUAUUCAUUUGUCAAGCGUGCCUCACGACCUCACUGAAGACUUGGAAUUUUUGGGCCCAUGGUUACCGCAAGAUAUUGCCAAAGGCAUUGCUCUAGGGAACAUCGAUCCACUUACAAAGGAAUCAUUCCAGACUAAACCAGAGUGCAGUUCACCUGCUGUUGAUAGGGUUUGUCCAACCAGAGAGCAUAUUGCUACUUCAAAUGGGAAGAAGAGGCUAGAUUUGCCCGUGCAAAAAAAUAUAUUGACGAACUACUUCUGCUUAGCAUCCCUUGAGGCAAAACGGAAAUUCAGGGCACCCAAAGUAACAGCUAAGCAACAAACAUCAAACGGGUCUUUGCCUAGUUCGCAAACUCAAGACUCUGAUACCCCUGAUUCAAUCGAAGAUACUAUGUUGCCAACAGUUCGCAUUCAAGCUUCUCAAUGUAGUUCUGAGCUUUUAAGCUCUGAACCUUCUCAAGAUGAGCCAAUCAAUGCUGCAUCUCAGCUUAGCUCUGAGCGUUUCAGUUCUGAGAGUUCCCUCAAUGAUUCAGCCAAUAUGUUUCCACAAUGCAGUCCACAUGAUGUUGGUAGUGAUCCUCCUUAUGAGGACACGGGAAUUGAAGACAGAAAGGUUGAGGCUGACUACUGCAACGAAAAUACACUGCCAACAAUUCCUUGCUUAGCAGGAAAAUCACCCAGAAUAUCAGAGCCUUCUUUACUUCUAAAUAACAUGGGACCAUCUAUACUGGUUCAACCUUAUACUGAAGGCAAUGUGGCCUCCAAAAAUAAAGUCAUAGUCAGAAGUCCAUACUUCAAAACGGUAAAUAAGAGAGUUUGCACAAAUCAAGAAGAUCAGUUAGAUGAUGAAGAGGAUUAUGAUAUUGGUACUAGCAAUCUUUCUGGAGAUCAACUUAUGAAUUCUGGCAUGUUGAAGAGAAGAAAACUUUCUGGCGUCCAAAAUUUCAAAGAUGAAUCGUUACAGCCGAUUAGUUCUGAUGAUAGUCCGCCAGUCAUUGAUGAAGGUCGUGAUACUGAUGACCUUGAUGAUGCAAAUAUAAGGACUGAAGGAAGAUUUGGAUGCAAUGUUUCCCAUGUGAAUAUGUACAGUGGAAUUGCAGAAAAAUCAAUGGAUAAGUUUGCUGCAUUGGUAUCAUCUUUCAGAUACCCAGGCUCCCGUGCCAGUGGCCUUCGUGCUCCUUUAAAGGAUGUGAAGAACACACUUUCUGUGAGAUCUAUUCUCAGAGCUCCAGAAAAAGGCAAAUUCAGAUGCGCAUCAAAGAAAUCAGAUCUAGGCCCCCCUUCAAGAAGCAGAUAUACAAGUGAUAACAAGGAAACUGCUGCCAGCCCCCCUGAUAUUAGUGCAUUUGCAUACAGGCCUGUGAAAACUGUUCAUGCUGAUCAAGAUGGAACCACAAGCAAAACUAAAGAUGCUGCUGAUGCCCCCCCUGAUCUUGGCACGUUUGCUUACACUCCGAUGGCACCUACUCUCUGCCAUCCGGAUCGGAGCAAAUUCACAGGCACAGCUGUGAAAAUUGCAGAUAGCCCUCCUGAUCUAAGCACAUUUGCAUAUAAAUCUAUGAAAGGUGCAGUCAGAUAUUCGGAUGGGAGUAGAUUUGGAGGUACAGCACUGAGUGCUGCUGGAGGGACUUCUCGGAGACAAUUUAAAUAGAACCAGUGCUGCACAUGUUGGCUCACCUAAUCUGACCUGAACAAGCUGAAAGUUAACCUGUUUUAGUUAUUUUCUCCAAUGGUGAUCAAAAUGAAAGAUCUCUCGAGUGCUUUCAACAGCCAUACUUUCUUCACAAAACUUAACAAAGAUGGACUCUUUCCCCGCAACUUGCCAGCCCCAACAGUUUCAAGAUCUGGAAGUGCUACUGCCCAGGUUCAGCAGCAGCAAUUUCUGUGGUGAGAAAAAGAAAACAUUCCUGAUCAAAGCAUUUCCAUUUUUGAGCAAAAGGAAGCUGGAAGCAUAACUGAAGAUAGCUGACAUUAAUAUUGGAGGACCAUGAGCAGCUGCAGAGGCUCCUUGUUUGCCCGCCUGUAGCUGUACAUCCAUCCAUGAUCCAAUUCUAAAAGGACUACUGCUAGCACCAGGAGCUCUUCAUUUCAGAGCUCAUUUUGUAGGCUGCCUGUGUUCAAGUGUACAAGGUCUCUGUUUUUUUUUUGAUAAGAUGUACAUGCUCAUUUGUAUGUGCCUUGCAGAAGAGUCCUGGUGUGUGAAGACAGCACUCUCAUUUGUGAUUGUAUUUCACUGUCCCCCAGUAUACUGUUGUAUGAUCAUCUUUGUAACUCUGAGCAUGAUUAAGAGGUCAUCAUUGAGGGUGCCAACUCCUGAUCAAGAUAAAAGAUUUGAGUAUGGUGCCGUCCUCAA